AUGCCCACCUUAUGGCUCUCAGACAGCCAAAAAAUCGGCGUAGCCUUCUGCACAGGCGGCGGCUUCUUCCUCCUCUUCGGCCUAAUCCUCCUCUUCGACCGCGCCCUCCUAGCAAUGGGAAACAUCCUCUUCCUAAUCGGCAUAACCCUCCUGCUCGGUCCUCAACGCACCUUCAUCUUCUUCGCGCGGAAACAAAAAUGGAAAGGCACAUUAGCUUUUUGGUCGGGGAUUUUACUCAUUUUGUUGCGCUGGCCGUUGGUAGGGUUUGUGGUGCAGUGUUAUGGGAUGUUUAUUUUAUUUGGGGAGUUCUUUAAGACGAUUGCGGGGUUUGCGUAUAAUGUUCCUGUUGUCGGGCCGUUUUUGGCUAAAGGGUUGAAUGCUGCGGGCGAUAAGGCUGGGGCUGAGGAGAGGAGGCAUAAGGAUUUACCUGUUUGA